UCCUGCGGGGGCGCGCGCGCGCUCCUAAUCCCCUGCCUUCCGGCUCUGCCGAGCGGCUCGGUUGAGCGCUCGCUGUGCGGCGGCCGGCGGGGUCGCCUUCGCUGGGGACCUCCACUGUUGGUUCUGCGUUCCGGCCGGUCAGGCGGCGCGAUGCCGGCGCCCCGCUUUCCAGCGUCUGGCGCGCCCGGUGACCGCUCGCCCGCUGCCGGGCUGCGGCCGUGACCCCCUGUCGCCGACUUUCACCCAGCGUCCGGCUCGGAGCUCGCUGGCCGGGGCGGGGAGAGGCCCUGGUAGUGUCAGGAGGUUUCAGAGGCUCGAGCAGCUACUUCUGUGGUCAUGGAGAUCGUCGUCCACCAGGAUUACUGUAUGGUCUUCACCCAGCCUGCCACCACCCCCUAGCUUCAGCCUUGGGUCCUGAUUUCACCAAUGAAGUUUUUUAUUCUUUCUUGAAUCAUGUGACAUCACUUCUCCGCUGUUUCGCUUUCAGCUGCCAAAUCCAUUAGGUGUAAGUUUCCGUUGGUUUCAAGUACUGAGUUGUUUGCUUGUCCACUUGCAGUCCGACAGCUCACCUCCCGUCUAUGAUUUUCAUAGGUACUCACUGGAGUCCUUACCUUGAAGAGAGCAUUCACACACUUGGCUGCCUGACAAAGACAACAGUCAGACAGUGAUUCUUCCUGCUCCGCUUUUUUGUAGGUCAAGUUUGCAAGCAUAAGAAAAGAAAAAUUCUGCAAAAGUUGAUCACUGUGAGACUGUUUUAGAUCCCUUGGUAGGGCAGUAUAGUUUCAACUUCUGGCUUCCAGUAAGGCUGCUCGUUAUGAAAAGAGCAAGGAGGAAGAAGAGAAAAUAGGACCAAUUGGAGCUUUCCCUGGUCAUAGGAACUUGAAGUUCCAAAAUGCAGGUGAAGAGACUCAGGCUUCCUUUGAAAACUGUUGCACCGUCUAAGCCCCAGGGAACGGCUGAGGACUCUUAAGCCUCCAUUUUCUAGUCCCUUUAUGUUCCAAUCUAGGUUGUUAAUUGUCUAAAACAUUAGACUAAAAUGUUGGGGAAACGUAAGCGUGUGGUCUUGACAAUUAAAGACAAACUUGACAUUAUUAAGAAGCUUGAAGAAGGUAACUCUUUUAAAAAGCUUUCUGUCGUGUAUGGGAUUGGUGAAUCCACAGUGCGCGACAUUAAAAAAAACAAAGAAAGAAUUAUAAAUUAUGCUAACAGUUCAGAUCCUACUAGUGGGGUGUCCAAACGUAAAUCUAUGAAGUCAUCAACAUAUGAGGAGCUUGAUAGAGUUAUGAUAGAGUGGUUUAACCAACAGAAAACAGACGGGAUUCCAGUGUCUGGGACUAUCUGUGCAAAACAAGCCAGGUUCUUCUUUGAUGCCCUGGGGAUGGAAGGUGACUUUAAUGCCUCAUCAGGCUGGCUAACUCGGUUUAAGCAGCGCCACGGCAUUCCAAAGGCUGCUGGUAAAGGGACAAAAUUAAAAGGGGAUGAAACUGCUGCCAGUGAAUUUUGUGGUAACUUUCAGGAAUUCAUGGAAAGAGAAAGUCUCUUACCAGAACAAAUUUAUGGUGCUGAUCAAACUGGACUAUUCUGGAAAUGCCUACCCCCAAGGACAUUGGCUUUUGACACUGACCAGAGUACUUCGGAGUAUAGGUCAAGCAGAGAGAGAAUCAUCGUUAUGUGUUGUGCAAAUGCCACGGGUUUACAUAAGCUUAAUCUUUGUGUUGUGGGGAAAGCAAAAAGACCCCGUGCCUUCAAGGGAACUGACCUUUCCAACCUUCCUGUCACUUACUUCAGUCAAAAAAGUGCAUGGAUCGAGCAGUCUGUUUUCAGACAGUGGUUUGAGAAGUGCUUUGUGCCACAGGUGCAGAAGCAUCUGAAAUCCAAAGGGCUUCGAGAAAAGGCAGUACUGCUUUUAGAUUUCCCCUCAGCGCAUCCAACUCAAGACCUGUUGAGCUCAGAUGACGGCAGGAUAAUUGUGAAAUAUUUGCCACCAAAUGUAGCAAGUCUCAUUCAACCUAUGAGCCAAGGAGUUUUAACCACAGUCAAAAGAUACUAUCGAGCAGGACUUAUCCAGAAAUACAUGGAUGAAGCAAAUGACCCAAAAAUGUUUUGGAAGAAUUUGACAGUGUUGGAUGCAAUUUAUGAGGCCUCAAGAGCUUGGAACAUGAUAAGAUCAAAUACCAUAACCAGAGCGUGGAAAAAGCUUUUCCCUGGCCAUGAAGAAAAUUCAAGCGUGAACAUUGGUGAAGGAGCCAUUUUAGCUGCUAAUUUAGCAACAGUUUUACAGAAUACAGAAGACUGUGAGCAUGUUGACAUUGAAAAUAUUGAGCAGUGGUUUGACCCUCGGAGCAGUGACUCAAACUGUCAGGUCUUAGCUGACAUUGUAGAUGCUAAAAGCCAGGCAAUGACUGCUGAGCAAAAGCCUUCCAGGAAGACUAGGAAAGCAGAGCUAAAUCCAGACAAGCAUAUUAGUCACAAAGCUGCACUUGAAUGGACUGAAAAUUUGCUGGAUUAUCUAGAACAGCAAGAUGACAUGCUACUCUCCGAUAAGCUGGUAUUGCGGAGGCUUCGGACCAUUAUAAGAAGAAAGCAGAGGAUUCAAAAUAAAAAUCAUCUAUAGCGUUCCUUUCUGUUGCUAUGUGCUUUCAUCUUUGACUUGUUUGCAGUGGUGUUAUCUAAGUUGGAUUACUUAAAUUACAGCUCUUUAAUGUUGUCCCCAAAUGAGCAAUGACAUGGAAUUCAUUAUUUCUACACUGUGUUAUACUAAUUAGAUCACAGGGUAUCCAAGGCUGGGAUAUGUUGUAUGUCUGAAUUUCACCAUGUCUAGUGAUGGGCUGUGCACACUGCAGGCACUCAAUAAAUCUUACUUAAAUUUAAUUUUGAUGACUUUUUCUGAAUGUCAGUUUGUAAAGUAAAAUAUAUUGGGGAAUGAGUUUAGCAUUUCCAUUGGUGAGAUAUUUAAGAGAGUUCAGCAGUGUUUGUGCUUGAAGAAUGGUACUGUGACGUCAGUGAGCUGGAUUAUAGUAGUGUAAAGCCUUGCAUAGAGCAUUCCUUUCUGGCAAAAUUUAGGCAACCAGCUACUGAAGUUGCCCAUUUCUGAGUGUAGUGAAGGAAAAAACAGGUAAAUGUUCUGAGAGAGGGGCACAGAACUUCAGCUUUGUUCUACGUGAGGAAAGCUCUUCAUUUGUG